CACGCAAACGCAACCCGCCGUCGCGCGCGCCCGCCCGGCUAUUUUACCGCACCAGUCCUCCCUCCACCAGAUCAGAUCAGAUCACAGAACGCAACAGCCGAAGGAAAAAUUUCCCCCCAACCAAAAACCCUCUCUCCCAAACCCUAGCUACCUUCGGAUCCCGAUGGCGAACCCGCGCGUCUUCUUCGACAUGACGGUCGGCGGCGCGGCGGCGGGGCGGAUCGUGAUGGAGCUGUACGCGAACGAGGUGCCCAAGACGGCCGAGAACUUCCGCGCGCUGUGCACGGGCGAGAAGGGCGUGGGGAAGUCCGGGAAGCCGCUCCACUACAAGGGCUCCACCUUCCACCGCGUCAUCCCGCAGUUCAUGUGCCAGGGCGGCGACUUCACCCGGGGCAACGGGACCGGAGGCGAGUCCAUCUACGGCGACAAGUUCCCCGACGAGAAGUUCGUGCGCAACCACACGGCCCCCGGGGUGCUCUCCAUGGCCAACGCCGGGCCCAACACCAACGGCUCCCAGUUCUUCAUCUGCACCGUCGAUACCCCCUGGCUCGACGGCAAGCACGUCGUCUUUGGCCAGGUCGUCGAGGGCAUGGACGUCGUCAAGGCCAUCGAGAAGGUCGGAUCCCGCAGCGGAUCCACCUCCAAGGAGGUCAAGAUCGCUGACUGCGGCCAGCUCAGCUAGAUCGUUGGUCUGGUCUGCCCGUCCGCCCUCCCUCCCGUCAUCGUCCACUCCGCCUGCGUCCCGUCCCGUUUCCGGUUUGCUUCGAUCUGAAUAAGAUGAUGGUGAUCUGAGUGGUGGUCUGAGUUGAGUCGUUUAUUUAUCAUGUGCGUCUGUCUGUGUCGCUCGCGGUUUAAUCUAGCGGUGUAGGUGUGGAUCUCCGAAUCCCAUGGCGCCUCUGCUUACUUCGUGUUUCAUCACCAGUUAUAUGUUAUGAGAUCCAGGAUAAUGCAUUAAUGCUAUGAGAACUGAGAUUCGGUUUCAUGCUUCUUGUUC